ACACACACACACACACAUAUAUAUAUAUAUGUGUGUGUGUGUGUGUGUGUGUGUACAUAUAUUUGUUCCAGCUUUUAGCAAUGCCAUUUGCUGCCGGCGUCCUCUACUUCCCCCCUCCUGCUGCCUUUUUCAUGCUCCUUGGAGCUUAUAUAUUCGCCGAGAUGUGGUUUGGCGUCUUAUUUGCCGUCCUGCUGGAACUGGUUCCUGGCGCAGUUCAGUCGACGGCCCUCGCGGUGUUCCUCUUUGUGAUGAACAACGUGGGGGGGAACCUGCCGGUGGUGGUGGAUCCCCUCUCGGAUCUGCUGUCCUACCGAGCCGCUCUUUACAUCAUGUAUCCCGGGGGCUAUUUAGCAAGUGCUGUCUUCUUCUGCCUCACUAGCUUCCUGAUCUGAAGAACAUCCUGAUUUCUACAGUAACAGUGCAAUAAUUAAUAGUGCUGACACCUGAACGCUUCAACAUGAAUAGAAUUGUUUCUUAA